AUGGCCAGUCUUCGAGAUCGAGCGCUCCGGAUGGCCGAAGAAGAGAAGAAGGAGGAGGGGAGUUUGCCACAGCGACGCAUGGGAUCUGUGAAGACAAUGGCUGCGUGGAAGCGCCUGACCACCGCAGUCAUGGUGAUGCUCGCUACGGCGCGGCAACAAACCCUGGUGGAUCACUGGACCCGACGCAGCUUGGAGGAGGAGAAGACCGUGACGGAGAUCCAGAUCCCCUACAAGAAGAAGAAGGACAAGGUCAAGCGUACGGGCCCGGUGAGCCAGGCAAUCGGCAAUCCAUUGGAACAGAGCAAAGCCCACAAGGAGUUCCCCAAGACUCGUCAGGAAUGCAACCACCCCGCGGAUGCAUUAAGGUGCCGAGGGAACGCGUGGACAAAGUGGUGGACGUGCGCUCGGUGCGGUUCGAGAUGGAAUCGGCCGGAAGAGAUCCAACCAACGCAACCACAUCCGGAAUCCUCCUCGAGCACGACAGCGGUGGUGGACGACAAGGCCGAGAAGAUCACUACGCAACGGGGUCAAGAAUAUCCACGAUAUCUACCAGCACCUCGUGGACGACUGGAGCAAGGAGGUGACAAUCAAUCGCAAGGGGAAGGCGGGAAGGCGGAGGCCAGCCGCCCGGCAGUGGAUCUUCACGACCUACAAGUCCUGGAGCAGCGGUCCGAGAACCCGUCGCAGAGAUCAUCGAGCAAGCCCAAAGAAGCAAGUCGGGUCCCCAGCGGUCUGCGGGAGACGAGGCGAACCAAAACGCUUCCACACAGCAACGGCCCGGAGAUCUACGAAAUGCACUCGGGGGACACUCGCUCGGGACAGCGCAUAGAUAAGAGUCAACAUGGGGUCUUCAAGCAGCUCAAGAAGGAUGCAGUCAAGCAUGGCAUAGUGCUGAAGGCCUUCCUGGUACUCUUCACCGUCGCUAAUGGCCUGGAUCUGUGUGGACUCGAGGAUCUUUGCGAAGGGAGUGGUGCUUCGAGAGGUUGCGGUCGAUGGUGCCAUGAUCAUCAGGAAUGGGAUUUUGGCGAGGAACCGACUUCUAUGGCAUCUGUAUGGUGCCAGUUCUUCCCUCAAGCGGUUCUGCAACAAUGGCUUCCUGAUCUUGAGGGCACACAUCAAACGUUACCUCGAGAAGAUCGCAAGCAACUCUCGCACUACCUCCAAAAGAAGCCCAAGGUCAUGGAAGUGUACUCUCCACCCAGAAUGACACCAUGGGCCAAACAAUAUGGUUUCCAAGCAGCGGAAGCCUUAGACCUGGCCACUGGCUGGGACUUCAAUCUACAGCGUCAUCGAGCCGAGGCUGUUCGAUUGGUGGCGUCCCAUCGCCCCGCGCUGGUCCUGCUAUGUCCACAAUGCACCUUCGCGACCACAUUGCGAUUCCUCACCAACUACAAGCGUGAUCCAGAUGUGGUGGACCGAGAAGAAGCCGAAGGGCAACGCCACACCGACUUCGCGGUGAGACUGGCCAUCAUUCAACACGAGGCCGGCAGAGGGUUCUUGUUCGAGCAAAGUCUUGGAAAUCCAAUUCAUUGCGCAAGCUGGCAGCUUUACGUGGAGUGUUUUCGGUAG